AUGACUGUAAUAUUGGCAGUUUGCCGUAAUGAACCUGUGUCGUCUCCGUCCUCCUUCACCCUGAAGACCAACACCAUCAGCACCACCGUCCCCAACUCCUACUAUCCAGAUGACAGUCAGACUAUGACCAGUGAAACCAGUAGUCUGGUCCAGUCCCACUAUAAGCAGCGGGAGUCCGAGCGGGAGGCGUUGCCUUAUCAGACGGGUCAGCUGCACCCGGCCAUCCGAGUGGCCGACCUGCUGCAGCACAUCACGCAGAUGAAGUGUGCCGAAGGUUACGGCUUCAAGGAGGAGUACGAGAGUUUUUUCGAGGGACAGUCGGCUCCGUGGGAUUCGGCCAAAAAGGACGAGAACCGCAUGAAGAAUCGCUACGGCAACAUCAUCGCCUACGAUCACUCCCGCGUGCGUCUGCAGCCUCAGGAUGGAGAGAGCGGCUCCGACUACAUCAACGCUAACUACGUCGACGGUUACCACAGACCGAACCACUACAUCGCUACUCAGGGUCCCAUGCAAGAGACGGUGUACGAUUUCUGGCGGAUGAUUUGGCAGGAGAACACCGCCGCCAUCGUCAUGGUAACCAACCUGGUGGAGGUGGGGCGGGUUAAGUGUUGUAAGUACUGGCCUGAUGACACAGAGAUCUACGGGGACAUGAAGGUGACGCUGAUUGAGACUCAGCUGCUGUCAGAAUACGUCAUCCGGACCUUCGCUGUGGAGAAGAGGGGCGUGGCCGAGAUCAGGGAGAUCCGGCAGUUUCAUUUCACCGGUUGGCCGGAUCACGGCGUCCCGCUUCACGCUACCGGACUGCUGGGAUUCAUCCGCCGGGUCAAAGCCAAGACUCCUCCUACUGCCGGACCCACCGUGGUGCACUGCAGUGCGGGGGCGGGCCGUACAGGGUGUUUCAUAGUGAUUGACAUCAUGUUGGACAUGGCAGAGAGAGAAGGAGUGGUCGACAUCUACAACUGUGUCCGAGAGCUGAGAGCAAGAAGAGUUAACAUGGUCCAGACGGAGGAGCAGUACGUCUUCAUCCAUGACGCCAUCUUGGAGGCGUGUCUCUGUGGCGACACGGCGAUUCCGGCCAAUCAGCUGCGAUCAGUUUAUUACGAGAUGAACCGAUUGGAUCCUCAGACCAACUCCAGUCAGAUCAAAGAGGAGUUCAGGACCCUGAACAUGGUGACACCGACGCUGCGGGUGGAGGACUGCAGCAUCGCUCUGUUGCCUAGGAAUCACGAGAAGAACCGCUGCAUGGACGUCCUGCCUCCGGACCGCUGCCUGCCGUUCCUCAUCACCAUCGACGGAGAAAGCUCCAACUACAUCAACGCUGCGCUGAUGGACAGCUACAAGCAGCCGUCGGCCUUCAUCGUUACCCAGCAUCCUUUGCCCAACACGGUGAAGGACUUCUGGCGCCUCGUCCUCGACUAUCACUGCACCUCCAUAGUGAUGCUGAAUGAUGUGGACCCUGCACAGCUGUGUCCUCAGUACUGGCCCGAGAACGGCCUCCACCGGCUCGGCUCGCUGCAGGUGGAGUUUGUGUCUGCGGACCUGGAGGAAGACGUGAUCAGCCGCAUCUUCAGGAUCUACAACACGGCCAGGCCGCAGGACGGGUACCGCAUGGUGCAGCAGUUCCAGUUCCUGGGUUGGCCGAUGUACCGCGACACGCCCGUCUCCAAGCGCUCCUUCCUCAAACUCGUUCACCAGGUCGACAAAUGGCAGGAGGAGUACGACGGGGGGGAGGGGCGCACCGUGGUGCACUGCCUGAACGGCGGCGGUCGCAGCGGUGUUUUCUGCAGCAUCAGCAUCGUGUGUGAGAUGCUGCGACAGCAACGAUGCGUCGAUGUUUUCCACGCUGUCAAAACUCUGAGAAACAACAAACCCAACAUGGUCGACCUGCUGGAACAAUAUAAGUUCUGCUAUGAAGUCGCUCUGGAGUAUCUCAACUCUGCUUAACCUCCUUCAUCAUCAUCAUCAUCAUCAUCCUCCUCCCUGUGAUGCUGCUGCAGUCUGAGGAAGAG